CUCUUUCCCACAGCAGACUCCGUUUUCAGCUUCCCGAAGAAGCCUUGAGAUUCCUUUGAGCCAGACUAAUUCAUCAACAAAGUCUUUAUCUACCAAAACCCCCUCCACAGCUGGCCUCAGCAACAUCUCACUGCCAGGUCUGAUGGUGAGGAACCUGCAGGAGGGUGCUGCAGAACGCUGACAUGUGGCUCUGUGGACUGGGGCCUCAAGCACAGAAUUGUUUUCUUUCUCCUGGGAACACCCCAGCACUCAUCUUACUUUUCUAACAAUUCACCUCUAUCUGCUUUUGCGCCAUGGUGAUGAAGCUUAAGGUGCUGCUGCCGGAUGAGAUGGGUACGGAGAGCCUGGCUGAGGUCCCUGGCCCUUUGCCAGAGUGUGAAGUGGACUCUGUGUGGCACACAUGACCAGGGCAGACCUUGUUGCUAUUUUUCUACUAUUUUUUUUUCUUAAAACAUGGUAACUUUUCAUGGUUGUCUCAUCUGUUCCAGAAGUUGCCGGCUGAAGGCAGCCCUGUUCUUUCCCUUCCCGCCCCCACUUUUGGGACAUUGGAGCACAUGGAGGCAAUCUUCUCUUGUCCCCUCAUGUCUCCUUUUCCCCUCCUUUGUUCAGCAAAGUGGAUUUUUGGUGCUGUUUUCUCCAUGUUUCCCCAUGUUUUACCAUUAAAUCCUGGAAGGAAAUGGGCAGUCUUGCAGUGCACUGAGUGCAGUUGCUUGCCGUUGUCUGGCAGAGGAUGAAAGAAAGGGGGUAGUGGCAGCAGUAACUAAAUAGUGCUUAAUUAGGCUAAUGAAAUAGCUGCCAAUUAGGAGAAGUGGGAAUACAGGGGUUCCUGAUGUGUCCAUCAUUCACCACAUCCACGGCUUGUGCAAUCACAGGCACUGACCUGUCAGUAUGAAAAACUGGUUAACAAGCUCUGCAAAGAUGUACGUAUUUGUUUUUCCUGUCCACUGUGUUGUGGUUUUUUUUUUUUUUAUUUGUGGGGAAAGAAAUAUUUUUCUAAUUUCUCCUUUCCCCUGUAGGGAGCAGCCCUGCACCCUAAUUUUCCUUUCUCUAGAGGAGAAGCACCCUCGUGGCCUUUACCGGGUGUUGGGGCUGCUCUCCCUGGCAACUUUGGGGCAGUUUAGCUGCAAUAGUGGCAGGAAGCUCUGGCCCUGCUGACAGUUCACACCUUGACAGCAAAAGCCCUGCGUGGUCAUCAGUGGUUUGGUUUCCUGUCCCCUCCUCCAUGUCCCCAGCCCUGUGCCUUCCUGAUUCUUCCGUGACAUGGAGGACGAGGACGGUUACAUGGUCUUAGAUCAAAGGAGGAAGUGGGGCGCUGCAGGGAGCUCAGGUCCCCUCCAGGAUGCAGGAUGUGGCCUGCCAGAGCCCCGGGAGGGUUUUGCCGCACAGUGGACGCGUGUCCCUGCACCAGACACCCGACGUCCCCACUGUCUCCUCAGGGCCCUGACAGCCGCCCUGUCCCUGUCCCUCAUUGGCUGUGUGUCUUGGCUGGUGGCAGAGAGGGGACAACCUGAGGGGACUGUGGGAUGCAUAAACACGUCAUGGAGACACAGUUGUGGUGAUCAGCACGGUGUCUGCCUGGAGCUGAGGAAGAGCCUGUGCCCCCUGCAAGAGGGUGAGGGGUGCAAGAUCUGCCCCUCGGGCUGGACGCUGCACAGGACCAAAUGCUACUGGACUGCUGAUGAGACCAGCUCUUGGAGCGAGAGCCAGGAGGACUGUGUGAAACGGGGGGCUGAGCUGCUGAUGCCGGGAGACCAGGAUGAGUUGGAUUUCCUAAAUAAAAUCCUUCAGAAUCCCACCCGCUACUUCUGGAUUGGCCUCUUCAUGCCCUCCGCUGGGAAGGGCUGGGUUUGGCUGAAUGGCUCCCACCUGGACCAGAGCCGGUUCCAGCUGAGCCCCCAGGAUGGAGGCAGAAGAUGUGGGGUGCUGAGAGGAGACAGGAUCAUCUCUGAUAACUGCAACUGGGCCUGUCAGUGGGUCUGCCAGAAAAGAGUCACCCAGCUCUGAGCCGGGGGCCACAAAAUGGGUCAACAGAGGGACAGAUGCCUGGGGACGGGCCAGGAUCAGGCCCUCAGUGGGGGAAUGUGGGAACCACUGCUGACAUUGUGCAAUGACCGUCUGCAUAAAUGAAU